AUGGAGGAAAUGAAAGAGAAUAUGAGGAGGGCGAAUCCGAUAGAAGAUUUGGUUCACAUAACUGAUUCCCCCUUCACGACUUCCAUCAACGGUCACCCUCUACCAUCAAAGUUCAAGUUGCCUUCUCUGGAUUCAUAUGAGGGAACACGUGACCUGUUUGAUCACAUAGCCACUUUCAAGACCACCAUGCAUCUUCAAGGGGUGCCUGACGAGAUAAUGUGUAGAGCCUUCCCUACCACUCUUAAGGGUCCGGCGCGAGUUUGGUUCAGCAAAAUACCCUCGAAUUCGGUAAGUUCUUUUGAAAAGUUGAGCAAGUUGUUUGUUAACAAUUUCAUUGGGGGACAAAGGCACAAGCGUUCCUCGUUCAGCUUGUUGACAAUAGAGCAGGGGGAGAACGAGAGCCUUCGGUCAUUCAUCACCUGUUUCAAUAGAGAAGCCCUGAGUGUGGACGAAGCAGAUGAUAAGCUCCUAUUGGCGACCUUCCAUAAUUGGGUGAAUUCGGAUCUGUUUAUACAUAAACUCUAUGAAAAAGAGCCCCAGUCCAUGGCCGAACUUGUCCAUUCGGCUCAAAAUUUUAUGAAUGUAGAAGACGCGAUCAUUACUAAGAAGACGAAGAGGUCUGAAAGAGUAGACACAAAUCCCAGUCGCCAUCCCGAGCAAGGUCCUCAUCCAAAGAAGGGACGGACGGAAGAAAGGAGAGACCGAGAUAGUAAGAAGCCAGGCCCUUCAGCACGGAACCAGCAAUAUACCUCUUUGAACGUCCCACUUGAGCAGGUCCUUAUGCAAAUCAAGGAUGAUCCUUCCUUGAAAUGA